AUGCCCCUCGAUCCAGUUACCGCCGUAGGACUGGGAGCGGGAACCCUUCAGUUCAUCGACUUCACCGCGAAGCUCGUCGGCACCGGUCGCGAGAUUGCCCAGUCUGUCAAUGGCGCCACGGUCGAGUACUGCGAUAUCGAGGCCAUCGCCCGCAGUCUCAUCUGGCUCGUCGGGCAGGUGUCUGACGCCAAACGGAGCUGGGACGGCGCCUACUGGUCAGAAAGGUUCCGUUCGGCGGGCGAUCUCGAGAUAGACAGGCUGGCGACCGGCUGCGAGGAGGUGGCCGCCGAGCUUCUCGGGGCUCUGGAGGCUCUCAAGAUCGUGGGCAAAAGGACGGUGUGGAGGACCACGAUACAGGCCCUCAAGAUCGUCUGGAUCGAAGGCAAAAUUAGUACGAUCCGGACCAGGCUCGAAGAUUAUCGCAUGGGAAUCCACACCGCGCUUCUUGUGUCUUUACGGUAUGGUAGCCCCUUUUGGCUCACCGAGGGCCGCCAACUACUCCGGCUAACAAGCUGUUCUGUCAAAAUAGCGAGGCUCGACGUGCCCCGGGAGCUCUUCAGAGGGCUUAAAGCCAUGACCGACCAAGAGAGGGACGUGUUCUUCAAGGCUCAGAUCUUGGAACAGCUGAGGUUUCUCGAACAGCAAGACCGCGAGCAUCGAAUCCCCGAGGCGCACCAGCGCACCUUCAGAUGGGUCUUCUCGACCGAGGAGGAGCAAGAUGAUCGGUCUGGCAACUGGUCCAACUUCAUAUCCUGGCUGGAGGGCGACAGCGACCCUCUCUACUGGAUCACCGGGAAGGCGGGAUCGGGCAAGUCAACCCUGGUGAAGUUCAUUGUGCAUAAUGAGCAGCGCGCAAGCUCACUGGACAGGUGGUCCGGCGGUCUCCCUGUGGUCACUGCCCGGUUCUACUUCUGGAACUCGGGCACCGAGACCCGGAUGUCCCAAGAGGGCCUCCUCCGCUCCAUCCUACACGACGCCCUCAGCCAGCGUCCAAGCCUUGUGCCGAAGGUCCUAGCCCGAAGAUGGCAGCACUCGCAGCUGUUCGGCUCGGAUCUACGUCCAUGGGAGCCAGAGGAGCUCAGCCAAGCUUUCAAGACGCUCGUGGCUACUGCGGGCGAGGAUGGAUUCAGGGUUUGUCUAUUCGUGGAUGGACUCGACGAGUUCGAUGGCGACCAUUGGGAGCUUAUCGAGCUCUUUAAGCUGGCCAUAUCAUUCACCAACGUGAAGGCGUGCCUGGCCAGCCGCCCAUGGGCCGUUUUCGAGGAGGCCUUUAUGCAUAGACCAAGCCUUCGGCUCGAGGUCAUGACCUGCCCCAACAUCGUCGGCUUCGUAGACUCGAGCUUCCAGAGCAGCUCGGGUUUCGUGGCUCUCAGGCGGCGAGAGCCCGCGUUCCCCGACACCCAAAUUGAAAACAUUGCGAAGAAGUCCUCAGGCGUCUUCCUAUGGGUGACGCUGGUCGUGCGAUCUUUGCUUAACGGCCUUACGAAUCGGGACAGGAUAAGAGAUCUUCAGCGGCGGCUGGAAGAACUUCCGCCGAGCCUAGAAGACUUCUACCAGAAGAUAUUCGACAGCAUCAUGAGCGACAACUUCUAUCAGGAGCACGCGUACCAGCUCUUUCGCCUUGUGGGCGUUGCGGAUGGGCACCUGACUGUGCUGGGCCUGUCGUUCGCAGAUGAGGACGAGGACGAGGACACUUCGCCCACGAACGCACUGCACCUACCAAUUGCUCCCCUCUCGGGAGCAGAGAUCGGCGACAGGAUGGAACUGGCAAAGAAGCAGCUCAACAGCUGCUGCAAGGGGCUUCUGGAGGUGCCCCGUGUCGAGUACGAUGAGCCCACCGCCGAGGGCGAGUUGUUAAACGACGAACCCGAGAAGCCCAAGAGCGCAGCCGCACUGAGAAACGCCGUGCACGACAUGCAAAGUCUGGGCAAGCGGAUACCCCUCAUGUUUUGCUCGGCAAAAGACGAAGGCAACAACGAUACCAAGACAGACACCUACCCCGGGGCCUGCUACCCCCAGGAGAUCUUCCGCAUCGGGGCGGCCACAAAAGAGGGCCACCCCUGGCCCACGGUAACGAACCCGCAAACCCUCCACUUCUUCAUCCCUGGCGUCGACAUCAAGGACGUCUGGGGCGACUUCACCCCUCCCACCAACAUAACCGCGAACCUCCUCACCCAGCAGGGCAGGACCGGCUCCUCGAUUGCGACGGCGCUCGCCGCGGGCCUGGCCGCCCUCCUCAUCCACUGCAUGAAGACCGGCGCCUGGUACACGCAGGAAACAAAAAAAGCAAAAAAAGCUGGGGGCCGAGGAAACCAUACUCCCCUCCGCUGUUUCGUCCAUCGGCACUCCGCGUCCAUGCAAACGGCCCUGGAGAGGCUCAGCAGCAAAAUGGGAGGCCUUCCGUACGCGCAGCCGGCCGAGAAGUUCAAGAGGGCCACGGGGCUGCUGAAGCACUACGAUGUGCAGGGAGGCGUCGGGAAUAACGUGCCGACUCCCUUGAGCCGAUUGCUGUGCUGA